GGCGGAUGUGUUUUGGGUCGCCAUCUUGCUGCGUAGACUGGCCAGAGUCCGUGGCAAUAAUCGUUGAAAAAUAUUGCUCUUUAAGUGAUAGUUGACUUUUUUUUUGGGCUGGAAAUGUCGGGGAAGGAAGUGCACGAGCUCUCCAUUCGACCAAUUACUUGUUUCAGCUUCAACAAGGACUGUAGCCAGCUUGCCUUUUCUCCAAAUGACAAUACAGUGCAUAUUCACAAGAAGGCGGGAAACAAAUGGGAGAAAGGUUUUGUGUUGACUGAGCAUGGCCAACGUGUAACAGGGAUGGCUUGGGCCCCGAACAGCAACAGGCUGGUCACAUGUGGAGCAGACAGAAAUGCUUAUGUUUGGAAUCUACAAGAUGGCAAGUGGAAGCCAAUGCUUGUUAUCUUGCGCAUCAAUCGUGCCGCAACUUAUGUCUGCUGGUCUCCAAAAGAGGACAAGUUUGCUGUGGGAAGUAGUGCACGCCUGAUUUCAGUGUGCUACUUUGAAAAAGAGAAUGACUGGUGGGUCAGCAAGCAUAUCAAGAAGCCAAUUCGUUCAACUGUGCUGUGCCUUGAUUGGCAUCCCAACAACUUGUUGCUGGCUGCUGGGUCUUCUGACUUCAAGACCAGGGUUUUCUCAGCCUUCAUCAAAGAAGUGGAUGGAAAAGCAAACACUGACACUAUCUGGGGAAAGAAGUCCAGCUUUGGAAGUUGUUUGAAAGAGUUCUCUAAUGGCCGAGGUGGAUGGGUGCACGGUGUUAGUUUCUCUGCCUCAGGGAACAAACUGGCCUGGGUUGGUCAUGACUCCAGCAUCAGUGUUGUGAAUGCUGCCAAUGAGUGCAAGGUGGCUACCAUCCAAGGAGACUUCUUGCCUUUUGCAGCAUGUGUGUGGGUCACAGAAAACAGCAUCAUCACUGCCGGGUAUGACUAUGUCCCAAUACUGUUCAGCCACGAUGACAAGGAUAGUUUGAGUCUGGGCCAGAAGCUAGAUGUUCCUAAGAAGAAGGAAGACUCUGGAGCAGUCAGUGCCAUGGCCAAGUUCCGUACUAUGGACAAAAGAGCUCAAAGUGCAGAUGAAAGUGGUUCUGGCUCUGGGGUGAAUACCACUCACCAAAAUGCAAUCAAUCAAGUGCAGAUCUACAGUGGAACUAAAGCGGGUGCCACUAAGUUUGUGACCUCUGGUGUUGAUGGGCGUAUUGUCAUUUGGGAUGUCAAGACCUUGGAGUCUUCCAUUGCUGGUUUGAGGAUCUCUUAAGUAAACAGUUGAAAAUUUGUUUCAACUACUCCUGGCGAAAAAUGUGCCCUUGUUUUCAGAAGUUCUGUCAGUUUUAUUAAUAAGUUGCAAAGCGAUACUUUACUACAUUUAAAAUGCAACUGUCAUUGAUUCAAUAAAAGUUUCUUAAAUUUUCUAA